UAUUUACAGCGUGUACAGCUGUCCGGUGUUGUUGUUUUGCAUACUUAAAGACUGGGGGUAGGAAUAUUAACAUUAUAACAAGUGUGGACGAAAAGCAGAGCUAUUGUCACGAGCCAAAGGUCAGCCAAUCAGGUGAGCGGAAACUAAGCGCUGCGGUGAUCCAGUCUGACGUGACAAGUGCGGCCGGCUGGAGCUCAACUCACUUUAUAUUUCUUUCUCCGUAUUCCCAAAACAACCUCUACACGUCCUCGUUAUUCAGCCGCAUUCAUGGGGCUCAUUGCCACAGUGGAGUAUAUACCUGGUCACCGCGGGACGCGUCAUGAACAGGAGGGGAAUCGUUCCCGUGUGCGCUAAUUUUCUGUGUGUACGUUGGUUUUGUGCGUGUGGCUGGAUGGACAGCGUGUAGCCUGACUCGUCUUCACCGCAGGCCAGACAAAACCUAUCGGCUGUGCCCGGAGCAGCACAGUACUACUGUCUGUGAAUAAAAGCGGGGGUUCGGGCGCAAACGACCUUCCUCACACAUUUCUGUUAAGAGUGAGACACAACCGCCUUCACGGUGGAAACGAGAAGAAGAGCAAAGAUGAAUGCUGUGCGUGGGGGCACAGUCACAUGGCGCCCUCAGCCAUGGCAGGACGGGGAUGGAGGAGGAGGAGAGCCUCUGUCAGACAGUGACUCAGAAGAGGAGGACUUCCCCGAUGACAGCACCACUCCGCUGGGAGACUACGUCACUCUCGUGUGGCUCUUACGUCCCUAUGUCCUUUCUCUUCAUGCAUUCUUAGGACUGAAGCAGCUCCUGGAUGCUCAGCAACUGUGUGAUGUGACCCUGCUUGUUGAGGGGAGAAAGUUCCUGUGUCACAGGGUGCUCCUAGCAGCCGUGAGCCCGUACUUCAGGGCCAUGUUCACCAGUCCUCUGGUGGAGUCACGCCUCACCGAGAUCCGACUGGAGGAAGUGACACCAUCUGUCAUGGAGACGGUCAUCCAGUUUGUGUACACUGGAGAGGCGGGUCUCUCUCUGGAAACCGCUGAGGAUCUAUUUGUGGCUGCCAACCGCCUUCAGGUCAUGCCUCUUCAGGACCUGUGCUCCAGAUUUCUGUUUGAGCACCUGUCGCUGGACAACUGUCUGGGGAUGUACUCCCUAGCUCGAUCUCACCAUGACCAGCUGUUGCUCCGUGCCUCCCUCCGGCUGGUGGCCCAGCAUUUUCCGCGCGUGUCCCGCCAUAAAGACUUCCUCCUUCUAGAUCACGGCACCCUAGGUAGCCUCUUGAGUUCAGACCGCUUGGGAGUAGACUCUGAGGCAGAGGUGUAUGAUGCCGCGAGGCGCUGGGCCGAGCACCAACCGUUGGAUCGCUACGCCCACAUGCCAGCCCUGCUUCACCACCUGCGGCCAGGACUGUUGUCCCAGGAGGAGAGUCGAAGACUGAGCCAGGAGUUAGGGCCUGCUGCAGCUGGUGAAGGCCUUGGAGGGCCCCUUCGACCAAGGGAGGGAAUGUUUGAGAAGAAAAUUGUGUGUGUGGACCUGACACCGAGGGAAGAUGAGAAUUUAGCUGCACGAGACUACACCGUGGACUGCUUUGACCCACGGACGGGUAAGUGGGAGAAGCUGGCGGCGUUGGGCUCACUGGUGAGUCCCGGCUGCACGGCUGUGGGCGAAAGGCUGUUUGUUGCAGGAGGGAUUCUGGGCACUGGCUCAGUGUCUUCAGCUGUGCACGAAUAUGACUCUGUUCUGGACCGCUGGACAGAACGCUCUUCAAUGGGUCUACCUCGAUGUAUGCUGGGCCUUCUUGGCUGUGGUGAGUCGCUGUAUGCCUUGGGGGGAAGCAAUCGCUCGGCACUGCUGGACUCAAGUGAGACCCUGGAACUAGCUACAUUGAAGUGGGCACCGGGUCCUCAGUUACCCCUCCCCCUGCGUGCCUUCGCCUGUGCAGCGCUGCGGGGACGACUCUACCUUUUAGGUGGAACAACACUUGAACAGAACCGGGCCGUCAUCCACUCAGGAGUACUUAUUUAUCACACUCUGACAGACUGCUGGACUCGAGUGGCUCUGGACUCUGGUGCCACCUGCCUUGCUGGUGGUGUAGCAGUGCGAGGAGGAGUCUGUGCCAUUGGCGGAUACAUCAGGGAUACCACCAAGUUUCUAGAUGGAAACUACACCAAUCUGGAGACUUUAGACGCCACCGGCCGUGUACUGUUUUUCAGGGAGCGCAGGGCAUUUGGUGUAGAGCGAGAGGUGACCGGAGGAGGUGUCUCUGCAGGGCAACGCGUGGCCGCAGGAGGGGGCAGCGACAGAGCACCAAGCCCUGUAGUUUUUCCCGGUCUGCCACGGCGGAUUGCAGCCGGGGGUGUGGCCAGGUGGAAACGGAGGAUUUAUGUUUUGGGCGGAGAAAACGGUUCCCGGUUCUAUGACAGUGUCUACUGUUGGAAGCCUGGCUGGCGCAGCUGGGUCCAGCGACGUGAGAAACUCCCUGGAGACACGGGAGGCGUCAGUCAGUUUGGUUGCACCACUCUAAAGUUCCCCAAGAAACACAUUCUCUCCAGACUGAGACGAGCCAAAGAAAACUGCGUCGUGCAUGAGUAGCUUGACAGGACCCUGUCGAAAUGAAGCUAAAGCAGUACAACUACAGGUGAGCUCCAGGAUGGGGGAGCUUCAACUUGGUUGCACUUUCACAAGAGUCUAGAUUGCAACCACACCAUAGAUCCUAGAAACAAAUGGCAGGACUAAAUUAGGUUUAAAUGCACCUGAAUGUACUUUCAUCAUCUCACACUGAAAUGUUUCAAAGAGGUUUUAUUUAACUGUAUCUAGGUUUGACAUUAAGAAAGUUUUUCAUUUAAGUUAAAAUUACUUGAACUGUGUUCUGUACUUCUAAGCCAUUUUUAAGAAACCUGAACAGAUGGUUUCUAUCAUUUUUAUUCAUACCCCUUUUCCUUUUACCACUUUACAACCACAACCUUAAUUUUUUUAAAUUGAGAUUUUAUGUGAUUGACCAACACAAAGUAGCCCGUUAUUGUAAAUUGGAACAGAACGGAAAAUUUUAAAUAAAAAUCUGAAAAAUGUGUUGUGCAUUUGUAUUCAGCACCCCUGCAUUAAUACUUUGUAGUCUUUUGGUGAAUGUUUCUACCAGCUUUGCACAUCUAGACUGAAAUGUUUGCCUAUUAUUUGCAAAAUAGCUCAAGCCCAGCCAGAUUUUAUGGAGAGUAUAUGGACAACAAUUUUAAAGUCUUGCCAUAGAUCUUUAAUGGGAUUAAGGUCUUUACUUUGACAGCGCUAUUCUAACACAUGAAUGUUCUUUGAUCCAAGCUAUUCCACUGGUGGCGGACACUUCCAGAAAUGUCAUAGUUGAGGCGUCCUAUGCGACGCCCGUUGCGUGCGCUCCCCUGGACGACCGUGCCUCUUGGAACAGCGAUCGUCAACGAGGGUGCUGGCAAAGUUUUUCACGCAUUUGCUGUUUAUUUUAAAGACCACUUUACAAUUGUAGGUGCCAUGUGCACCGAUGGUCAAUUGCGCAUCAGAAACCGCCACUGUUCCCAUCAACUCAGACCAGCUUCCCGAAGAGCAUCCACACAGCAUGUUGUUGCCACCAUCAUGUUUCACAGUGAGAAUGGUUUGUUUAGGGUGAUGAGCAGUGUUAGUUUUCCAUCACACAUAGCAGUUUGCAUUUAGGCCAAGAAAAUUCAACUUUGGCCUCAUUUUACCAAAGCACCUUCCACGUUUGCUUGUGUUCCCUACAUGGCUUGUGGCAAACUGCAAACGGCGCUUCUUCGGCCUUCCGUUGAACAAUGACUUUCUUGCCACUCUUCCAUGAAGCACAGAUUUCUGGCAUGCAUUCCUGUGAAGGAAUUCUCCCACCUGAGCUGUGGAUUUCUGCAGCCCCUCCAGAGUGAUCAUUGGCCUCUUGGCUGCUUCUCUGACUAGUGCUCUCGCACACUCUGUCAGGUUAGGUCACUGGUGCAAACUUAUUUUUGUCACCGGCCACAUCGUAGUUAUGGUUUCCCUCAGGAGGGCGUGAUGACUGAACCCAUAUACACGUAUGGUCAUCUCUUUAUUACAUGUACACAACAAAUAACCAGUUUUGAAAUCAGAAGCCAAUAAAAACUUGUUCAAUUGUUCAAUUUAUUUUAAAAGGGGCCUUGGGAACAAAAAUGCCUGCAAUAUCUCAACAUUAUUAUAAGCGAAGACAAUUUGCAAUUUUGGUAUUUUUAGCAAAACAAAAAUAAAAUCAUGCUUUUCUUUCGUGGGCCGAAUAAAAUGUGGCGGGCCGGAUCUGGUCCCCAGGCCUUGAGUUUGAGACCGGUGGUUUAGGUGAUGGCCAUGUCUUGGUAGAUUUGCAGUUGUGCCAUACUUUUUCACUUUUUGGAAGAUGGAUUGAACAGUGCUCCCUGAGAUGUUCAAAAGAUCAACAUCUAUUUAUAACCAACCCUGCUUUAAACGUCUCCACAACUUCAUCCCUAACCCGUCUGGGGCCUUCCUUUGUCUUCAUGAUGCUGUUGACUGAGGCCUUCACAGAACAAGUGCAUUUAUACUGAGAGUAAAUUACACACAGAUGGACUCUCCUAAUCGGGUGACAUCUGAAGGCAAUUCAUUGAGCUGGAUUAUAGAGGGGCCUGAGUACAAAUGCACACCACACUUUUCAGAUUGGUCGCUUAAAAUUGUGAAAACCAUACAUCAUUUAAGUUCCACUUAACAAUUAUGUGCUACCUUUUGAUAGUCUACAUUCAAGUUUGGAAUUGUAAGGUCACAAAAUGUUCAAGGGGUAUGGAUACUUUUUCAAGCCAUUGUAGCUGCUGCUGUUGCUACUUUUAUCUGCUCAAUAUUUACUUUUGACACAAAUAUAAAUUAGUGUUUUGUUUUAACCACAUUUUUGUGGUUCAUCUGAGCUAAGCAAGUCCUGCACGUAAAGGGCUCCACAAGCAAAUGAUGUGUACACAAUUGUUUAUAGAUAUAUUUAUUAAACAAUUUCUGUCCUCCACAGUGCGAAAUUCUUCCUGUUCAUGGUACAACCAGUCACUCCAUAGGAUGGCAAUAACUGUGAUGAUUAUGUGAAUCAUGUGAAGUAUUUCCUUUAUAUGCCAUGAAUAGUGAAUUUAACAGCAACUGGUCAGGUACAACAAAUUGGCUAAAGAUGUGGUCAUUUCGUUCAAAUAGACUAAUCACAUUACCUGACUUGAUUACCGCCAGUUAAGCUUUCGCAUCACCUAAAUAGAGCCUGAUUAACAAUAUGAAGAAAACCCAAAAUAUCAACAUCAAUUUCCACAAAUGGCUUUUUUUAUUUAUGUGUGAACCCAUGUUACACUCUCGGUUUAUGUAGAUGUUCUGAUUUAUUUGGCAAUCACAGUUGGGUACCACUUAAGAACAACUAAAGGCAUAUAAUUGUAUGUGUUUGUUUGAUUUCACGGCUGAAGGAACUGGACUUUUGAAUGUAAA